GUGACCAAUUGCAAUCGCAAGGCCGUAUGGCGAAUUCGACUUUGGGAAUGACGCACAUGUGCGAAACGAUAUCGACGUUCUUCUACUGCCUACAGACUGUCACCUGCCUCGAGCUUCUUUCCCGGUCUUCCCUUCCACCACUCCCAUCCCCAACUUCAGCCAUGUCGACAACCACGACCGUCACUGAGAGCUCUGCACCUACAGCGGAGUUCGAGACCCUUCGCAUUCGAGCCCAAGGGCAACCUCAACCCCAGCAAGAGAGCCAGAGCUCUAACGAAGAACCAUACAAAUAUGCCCACCUCCUGCCCCACUUCUCCAAGGACAAGUACCCACCACUUGAGCCCUACGAGCACGUGGACCCUGGCCUCCGCGCCCUCUCUCACCCCAAUCCUCGUUCCUUCCUCGACAACGCUACCAGUGUCUUCGAAAUCACCCCAUACCUUGGCACUGAAGUUAGCGGUGUAAAUCUUGCCGAUCUCGACUCUGACGGUCGCGACCAGCUCGCCCUCGAGGUAGCUCGCAGGGGAUUGAUGGUCUUCCGUGACCAGCAAGACUUCAUCGACCGUGGUCCUGAAUUCUACCUCCAAUGGGGCCGCCACUUUGGACGCCUCCACGUACACCCCACCUCGGGUCACCCAGAGGGUUACCCUGAGUUCCACUUGGUCUACAGAGACCACAAGACCACCUUCAACUUCGAGAUUGACGAGAGCAUCAGCAGUACCAUCUGGCACUCUGACGUCUCCUACGAGCUCCAACCUCCCGGUCUCACUACCUUCUUCCUCCUCUCCGCUCCCCCCUCCGGAGGAGACACUCUCUUCACUUCCCAGGUCUCCGCACUCAGGAAGCUCUCUCCUCAAUUCGUCGCCUUCUUGAAGACCCUCAAGGCCGUCCACUCUGGCUUCGAACAGGCUGACUUCUCGCGGUCCGGAAAGCGAGGCGCUACCGUCCGCCGUGAACCUGUCGAACACAUUCACCCCGUCGUCAGGAAACAUCCUGUCACUGGCGAAGAGGCUCUAUACGUGAACAGGCAGUUCACUCGUCGCAUCGUCGGUCUCAAAAAAGAGGAAUCUGAGGCAACCCUCAAGCUCCUUUACGACCACAUUGACAAGAGUGCCGAUAACCAGGCUCGCGUCCGAUGGACACCCAACACCAUUGUCCUUUGGGAUAACCGAAUCACCGCUCACUCUGCAACGGUCGACUUCAAGGAACGGGGUCAACGUCGCCACGGUCUCCGCAUCACCCCUCAAGCGGAACGCCCCAUCCCCGCCUUGGAUGGAUGGGAUCUUUCUGCCUAA